UGGUUUUAACGCAUUUUGUACAAGAUACCGCUAUUCUGUAAUUGAAUCAGAGUAAAAACGCAAUGCCGAAAACUAUUUCAAUUUUAACUAGGAAGUGUUCUUUGUUUUUGAUUUUUUUGACGGAAAUUACAUUCUACGAUGGAGCACAAGGAACAGAGGUCCGUCUAGUGGGAGGUGCAAGUGCGCUAGAGGGACGGGUGGAGGUGUAUCAUAGCAGCCAGUGGGGUACCGUGUGCGAUGACCAGUUUGAGGAUAAGGACGCCAUGGUUUUCUGUAGAAUGCUUGGCUAUCCGGGAUACGGGAUGGCUUAUCGAGCUGGUUAUUUUGGGAAAGGCUCCGGUCCAAUAUGGUUGGACGAUUUGGGAUGCAAUGGCGAGGAGAGUGACAUCAGCCUUUGUUCUUUUAAUGAAAACACUUAUGGAAAACAUGAUUGUGAACAUUACGAAGACGCCGGUAUAAGCUGCGCAGCACCAAGAGAAUAUGAUGUGCGCUUAUAUGAAGUUGAAAAUCAUACACACAAUGGCCCUCGUGGAACGUUUGAAAUAUACCAUAAUGGUCAAUGGGGCACAGUUUGUGAGCAGCAUUUUAUGGAAAGUGAUGCUAGAAUAGUUUGUAGAUUAGCUGGAUAUGAAUUUGAUGAUAAUGAGGACAGGCAGAUAGACAUAAACAGUGGCAACACAAUUGUAUGGAUUCAUGGCUUGGACUGUCUUCGAAACGGUGGAAAUAUUGCUGAAUGCAUAGACAAGGAUGGUAACGGUCACAGACAAACGUGUGCAUCUGACCAAGCUGUCAGCGCAAACUGUGCAGUUUCAAGUUCUACUCGAAGUGUAAAGCUUCAUGGGAUGUCUGGGCGAUUCUUUUCUGUGAACUACCCAAGCGCGAAUUACACAGAUAAUUCUUCUUGUACUUACUAUAUUAAUGGACCCCUUACUUCAAGCGUGUGCAUUCAGUUUGAUGCGUUUCAGCUUGAGGACUGCUGCGACAUUGUUAAGAUAUUUGAUGGUCCCUCCGAUAUUUCUGGAUCCAUAGAAAGCUAUGGUGGCGCCGACGGAUUAAAUGAGAGAAUUUGUUCAACAUCAAGCUCGAUGACUGUGAAGUUUACGACGGAUGGCUCACUUAAUAGAGCUGGGUUCAAUGCUAGAUACUGGAUUGUCAUGCACGGUUGUAAUGAAAUGGUGAUACCGAAUGGCUAUACAAAUUCGUCAAACCAAGUUGGAUCAAACGCGACGUUCAGAUGCAACGACGGAUUUGAUUUCAUGGGCCACAAUUUUUCGCUUUGUCAGGAAAACAUGACUUGGUCUAAUACAAACGUAUCUUGCCAACCAAAAGACUGUGGAAUGCCUCAUCUUCCCAGUAAUGGACAUGUUUUGUUGGAAGACAACGAUACAACUUAUGGAUCUAGUGCCCGCAUCAGGUGCGAUGCUGGAUUUCAUUUAACUGAACAAAUGUAUAACGAAGUUAUUAUACAGUGUAUGGAAACUGGAAAUUGGAGUUCAGAAAACUACACGUGUGCACCAGUGGAUUGCGGAAGUUGGGACGCGUCGAAUGCAUCCUCAUCUUCUAUCACUUAUUCCAAUCUUACCAUCUAUGGAUCCCAAGUGCUGUUAAAGUGUGACUUGGGAUUCCACAUUCUUCACAACAGGGACGUUUUCUCCGAAACUGCAAUAUGUACUGCCAACGGAACAUGGAGUAAACCUUUAGCUCCAACAUGUGUUCCGAUUGAAUGUCCAGUUGUGAUGUUGCCAGUGAAUGUGAUUAUUUUAAAGGGUCAUUUAAAUUUGCAAUAUCCAGUCAACUCUAUCAUCAGAUUCGGUUGCCAAAAUUCAACAUCGAUCAUUGGUCGAAACUCAAUCACGUGUUUGGUUGAUGGGACAUGGAGUGGAAUCCCGCCAGUUUGUGAGAAAGUGACGAGUGAGAAGUUUUGCCCAGAUGAUAUAGACGUGUACGGACAAAUUUGGAUAGAAACAAGAGCUGGUAAAAUCAGAAGUCUGGCUUGCCCGGAUGGAUAUAUAGGUGAAAUAACUAGGCAUUGCUUGAUGGAUGGAUCGUGGCUGUACCCAAUGUACAACUGCAUUCACAUGUCGAUAGCAGAAAUAUCGCAAGCGCUGCAAGAACCAAGAGAAGAAGACAUUCAAAUCACCCUUCUACAGUUGUCAAAUCUCACCACCGUUGCGCAUUCAAGUGGACGCCCGGCUUUUGGUGGUGAUCUGAAUCAAGUGACCAACAUUUUGGAUAAAAUUGCGAACUUUGGGAAAAACAUGUCAGUCACAACCGUACAGACAGAGUCGUUCCUGUCGGUUACAAGCAACUUGUUAGAUCAGCAAAAUGCAGAUUCCUGGCAAGCGAUGGCAGUUGAUACAGAACGGCCCGUCGAAAAUCGAGGAGCAAUGAGGGUUUUACAUAUCGUUGACAAGUAUGUCGCCUUAAUUUCCGAAGGGUUAGGUGACCUGAAAAACACAUCGAAGACGUUCGCUGCUUCAAAUUUAGUUGUCCAUGUAGCAAAGAUAUACUAUAAAACAGAAGGUAUAUCAUUUCCUGAAAAUGAAACACAUUUUGGACUUUCAAGUGCACUGCGUUUUCCAGAACAAUCAUUGAAAGAUUCAAUGAAGUACUCGGCUGUGUUUUACAGAAACUUGUCUGGCAUCGUCUCUGCUGCGUCGAACGAACACAGAACUUUGCAAAGAAGCAUCAACACGGAGAUCGUUUCUGUCAAUAUGGACAACUGGGAAUCUAAUCCAGAAUUUGAAAUUCUCUUUACGUUUACGCAUUUUGAGAAAAGCCUGUCCUUUCCCAUCUGUUCUUUUUGGAAUGAUUCAGAGUCGGUAUGGAAAAGCAAUGGAUGUAAGAUUGUUGACACGAACAGAUCUCAUACAGUUUGCAGUUGUAGUCAUCUUACCAACUUUGCCAUUCUUAUGAGCCCAUUCAUCCAGGACAAUGUUAACACUAAAGCACUGGACAUCAUUUCUAUAGUUGGUUGCAGCAUUUCCAUUUUAGGACUGGUGGUCACGGUGGCGUUACACGUAUACUUUCACAGACACAUGCAAACAGACAAGACAAGAAUAGUAAUUCUUAUGAACUUAUCGACGGCUCUAAUUAUUUCGUAUGCGUUGUUUCUGGGUGGAGUAGACAGAACAGAAAACCGGGCAGUUUGCACGGCAAUAGCUGCCCUUCUACACUAUAUCUACCUCGUAGUCUUCUGCCUCAUGCUCGCGGAAGGAGUUGACAUAAUCCUGUCUGUCCGCUUUGUCUUUACCACAAAGUCCAAGUUUAAGUGGACCAUUUUGGCGGCUUGGGUUUUUCCAGGGGUGAUAGUAGGGACUGCUUUGGGAGCCAGUAGAACGCAAGGUUACGGAACUGAACAUUUUUGCUGGUUGUCAGUAGAGGGUGGAGUUAUCUGGGCCUUUGUCGGACCGGCUCUUGCGAUAAUAACGGUAAAUGCCGUGAUUCUGGUCGUAGUUAUGAAGACGAUGUUUGGGUCUCAUGCAAUAUCACAAAAAAGUACAUCGGACAAAUCUAAGAUGGCAAUAAGGUGCCUUCUGAUAUUGCUGCCGUUAACUGGUAUAACAUGGGUGUUAGGAAUAUUUUACGUCAACAAAAGCAUGGCGUGGGUGCAGUAUGUAUUUGCUGUCUGCAAUUCUUUGCAGGGGCUGGUUAUUUUCAUCUUUCACUGUGCCUUAAAUAAACAGAUUCAUGAUGCCAUAGUACAAAGAAGGAAGCGCAAUGAAUCUAUUAUGACAACCAAAGUUAAAAGCACCGGUUCAGAUUAUCCACGAAAGUCAAGAAAGAACCCGUCAUCAAUGACAAACACUCACAGCUCGAUAUUUGAAUUAGAAGAAAAGAAAAGUAUGAUUAGCGGAGGAAUUAUAACCAGUUCUAAAAUAAAUGAGAAUGAUGACAAGACGUCAUCUACGUCAUCUACAGACACAACGGCUAGUGAAAUCUCUCCCAAGAGCUUGGACGGCGGUCUUCCUGACUCGUCCCUUGAUGCCCACAGCUCCCAGCAUUUUCACACUGACUGUGAUGGAAAGCCUCUGUAUCCAACUUCCACUGGGAAGAGCCACGUCUUCCAACCCCUCUCUCUACAUGUGUCUACCAAGUCUUGCUAUAGUGGUACCGACGGAUUACAUGUGAGAAUAUGUUCAACAUCAAGCGCGAUGAGCUUGAAUUUUACAACGGACUAUUCGAUUGUUAUGGCUGGGUUCAAUGCUAGGUACUGGGUUGUCAUGCACGACUGUGGAACGCCUCAUCUCCCAAGUAAUGGACAAAUUUUGUUAAAAGACAAAAAAUCAACGUAUGGAUCUAGUGCUCGCAUGAGUUGCAGUGAUGGGUAUCAUGUAUAUGGCUUUAACGACAGCGAAAUCACUCUUAAGUGUAUAGAAACUGGGAAAUGGAGUUUAGAAAACUACACGUGUGUGCCAGUGGAAUGUCCACGUGUGAAGCUACAACCGAAUGUGAAUGUUUUGAAUCAUAACCAUUUUAAUUCACAAUAUCUGGUCGGCUCCAUCAUAAGUUUCGGUUGCCAAAAUUCAACAUCGAUCAUUGGUCGAAACUUCAUCACGUGUUUAGUUGACGGAACAUGGAGUGGAAACCCGCCCGUUUGUGAGAAAGGAUAUGUAGGAGAAAUAACCCGGCAUUGUUUAAUGGAUGGAUCAUGGCUGUACCCAAUGUACAACUGCAUUCAAAAGUCGAUAGCAGAAAUAUCGCAAGCGCUGCAGCAUCCAACAGAAAAAGACAUUCAAAUCAAUCUUCAAAAGUUGUCAAGUCUAACCUCAGUCACGCAUUCAAGUGGACGCCCGGCUUUCGGUGGUGAGCUGAAUCAAGUGACCAACAUUUUAGAUACCAUUGCGAAUAUUGGGGAAAACAUGUCAGUUACAACAGAGCAGACAGAGUCGUUCCUUUCCGUUACAAGCAACUUGCUAGAUCAACAAAAUGCAAAAUCCUGGCAAGCAAUGGGGAAUGAUACAGAACAGCCACUGGAACGUCAAGGAGCAAUGAGGGUUUUGAAUGUCGUUGACAAAUAUGUCGCCUUAAUUUCUGAGGGUAUAGGGGACCUUGGUAACACAUCGAAGACAUUUGCUGCUUCAAAUCUAGUUGUGCAUGUAGCAGGAAUACACAACACAACAAAUGAUGGCAUAUCGUUUCCUGGAAAUGGAACUAGUAUAGGGAUUUUAAGCGCACUACAUCUUCCAGACACAUCUUUGAAAGAUUCAAAGAAGUACUCGGCUGUGUUUUACAGAAAUUUGUCAGGUAUCGUCUCUGCUUCGUCAAACGAACACAGACCUUUGCAAAGAAGCAUCAACACCGAGAUUGUUUCUGUUAAUAUGGACAACUGGGAAUAUAAUCCAUCGUUUGAAAUACUGCUUACGUUCACGCAUUUUGAGAAAAGCCUGUCUUUACCAGCCUGUUCGUUUUGGAACGACUCAGAGUCGGUUUGGGACAGUAGUGGCUGCAGGGUUGUCCACACAAAUCAAUCUCAUACAGUUUGCAGUUGUAGUCAUCUUACCAACUUCGCAAUUCUUAUGAGUCCAUUUAUUCAGGAAAACGUGAACACCAAAGCACUGGACAUCAUUUCCAUCGUUUGCUGCAGUAUUUCGAUUCUUGCUCUGGUGCUAACAGUGGCGUUACACAUAUACUUUCAUAGACACAUGAAAACCGACCAAACAAGAAUUGUUAUUCUGAUGAAUUUAUCGACAGCUCUUAUUUUUUCUUAUGCGUUGUUUCUGGGUGGAGUAGACAGAACAGAAAACAGGAUAGUUUGCACUACAAUAGCUGCCCUUCUACACUACAUCUACCUCGUGGUAUUCUGCCUCAUGCUUGCGGAGGGAGUGGACAUAUUCAUGUCUGUUCGUUUUGUCUUCACCACAAAGUCGAAGUUUAAGUGGAUCAUUCUGGCGGCUUGGGUUUUUCCAGCGAUGGUAGUAGGAAUUGCUUUAGGAGCCAGUAGAACUUAUGGUUACGGAACUGAAAAUUUUUGCUGGUUGUCAGUUGAGAGUGGAGUUAUCUGGGCUUUUGUCGGACCAGCUCUUGCAAUAAUAACGGUCAAUGCCGUGAUCCUGGUCGUAGUUAUGAAGACGAUGUUUGGAUCUCAUGCAAUAUCACAAAAAAGAAUAUCAGACAAAUCUAAAAUGGCAGUUAGAUGCCUUCUGAUAUUGCUGCCGUUAACUGGAAUAACAUGGGUGCUAGGAAUAUUUUACGUCAACAAAAGCAUGGCCUGGGUGCAGUAUGUAUUUGCAGUGUGCAAUUCUUUGCAGGGGCUGGUUAUUUUCAUCUUUCACUGCGCCUUAAAUACACAGAUUCAUGAUGCCGUAUUGCAAAGAAGAAAACGCAGUGGAACUGUUACGUCACCCAAAAGUAGAAGCACCAGUGUAACAUUUCGACGCAUGUCUGGAAUGAACUCGACAUCAAUGACAGUCACCGGAAGCUCGAUAUCUGAAUCAGAAGAAAAGAAACAAGGGAUUACCGGCGGAAUUACGAGCAGUUCGAAAAAAGAAGAUGAAGAAGACAAUACGCCAUCUCCUUUACAGACAGAAACUCUAUCUUGUAAACUUUAACAAUUUUGCAAAAAAAAUGCAUGGACAUUUAAGGCUGCAAGAAUAUAACACAAAGCCACCUAAUUGCAUUGUAAUGAUUUAGCAAGGAACAGAAAUGUAAGGGAGGGUUUGCUUUUUCUCUUUUUGUGAAAUUUGCACAUUUUAGGUGAGAACUUUUAAGUGCUUUAUGGGGCUGUAAAUGUUCGAAAGAACCACAUAGUUUACUAUUGACCAGCAUUUAUUUGAUCUUAAUAUUGUUAAUGAUUGAUUAUUGAACCAUGCAAGCUCGGAGACGCUCGGGAUCGAGAUAAUAUUUGGAAAUAUCCAUUUCUACAAAAAUCUUCAGCUGUUAAUAGUCAGACAGAGCGCCGAUCUAGAAACUCAGCUAAAGAUAUUUGAUCUCUUAAAAAUCGGUUUAUUAAUUUUAUUGAUUAUUUAAAUCUUCGAAUGAAUCUAAUCUUAUAACGGCUUUGCUAUUUGAUGGAUGAUUAAACGUUCUGAUGCAGAUGUGUUUUAAUGCUCAAAGUUCUGAACAAAUAUUGUGCUUAGAUGAAACUGAAAGGGUAAUAACGAAUCAAAUGUAUAUAACUUAUUAGUCCUUGCUUGUAAAAUACAUAAAACUAGAGGUACUUUGUGAAGUAGCUUUUGAUUUUAUAAUGUCCAAAAUUACAUACGGAAUCAGCGGGUGAAUUAAGACUUAGGUGAAGUUGUAUGACUGCGAAAAACAUGUAUGAUUUAAAUAUUUUUAUAAAUCUUUACAAGAGAAGUAUAUUUAGAUAGUUUCAAGCCAGAGACACAAUUUGGCACAUGUGUAAUACUUCUGCUCUUUUGAAUACUGGAUGUAAAACUCAGAAAUCAGACUCAACUGAAUAAAAAACAUUAGCGAUCCUUUAAGACAUACUCCCACGAAACGUUUUUCUUUCAACGAUAUGUUUUCCAAAAUAAUAUUGGGAAGGAUAAGGGAAUGAAUUAAAAACAAGGGUUUGAUUAAAUAAAUAUGGUAUGGACUAGCAAUUAUGUUUAAUUCAAACUCUCUUAAAAUAUCAAGAAUGAGGAUGGAAAUUUUCGAGUCGGUUACUCAAAUAAUGGAUACGUACGUUGUAUUAUAUUUGCACAUUGCUAGAGAAAUCGUUUGGAAUAUAGGAUAUAUAUUGUUUUGGGCUAAUGAAGGGAAGUACCAAACAACUUUGUCUGUAGUAAUAUAAUGCUCAAACAUAAAAUCCUGCCUUUAAAGUGUGUAUCCUGCAAUUAUGAAUGUAUUGUUUAAUUUUUUGAAACUAUUAUAGGCAGUCAUUAGACAGAAUUCAUCAUAAACACACAUGUCCCAUUUUAUUACAACACUUUAAUUAAUUUUUUGUUUUAUAUUUAUAUACUUACCAAUAUGUUUUGUCAAUAAAAUGAUAUGAUAUUGAAUAAAUAGUGCUUAUAACAUAUGAUUUUUAUACCAAAAACA